AUGGAGAUCGAGGUUGAACAGUCUCCUCCCCAGCAGCAGCAGCGGCGCGCGGGAUCAAUGGCGGCGUGGCUGGUGGAGGCGCGCGAUGGGUCGCUGAGUCUCAGCGAGGACGCGCUUGCAUUCGCCAUUGCGGAGUGGCAGAUGAGCGGCGCGACGAAAUCGGCGCGCAUCCACCUCGUGCACGUCCUCACGCACAUCUCCGUCGAUCGCGACAUGAUGCGGCUGCCUAUUAGCGAGGUCAGCCCGUUGACUGCGGAGACCCACGAGAGCAACAUGCGCGCGCUGAUUCUCGACCCGCUCGUCAAGUUUGCGCGCAAGAACAAGGCGGAGGUGGAGGCCAUAGUCGUGCGCAACGACGACCGCAAGGCGGGGCUGCUCGAGAUCGCGAAGAAGCUCUCGCCGCACCGCGUCUUCGUCACCGCCAAGCCCAGCAUGUUCGGAAAGCGGUCUGCCAUAGCGAUUAUCGACGCAUUAUCCGGGCCGUUUCUCGCGGCGCAUCUCCCGGACAACGCGCGGCUCGUCGUGCUGCAGGGUAAGAAGGUUCUUAAAGACAUCACCAUCGGCAGCCCCGGAUUCUGCGCCGCGUCUCCCGUCGUGGAACUGGCGCGCCGCGGGAACGCUGCUGCGGGGGAGGCGCACUGUGUCUCCGCGCCCCAAACCCCCCCGCGGGGGUUUCUCUCCCCCGCGGGCUCGCGCAAGUUCUUCCCCCCGGCGGAGCGCGAACAGCGCGAUUCCACCUCCCUGCCCGGAACGGCCUCCGCAUCCCCCGCUGCUGCCACGUCAUCGUCGUCCGGAUCGGGCAAGCUGAGCGCGAAGCUGACGUCAUUCUGGCGCACGAGCUCGCAAGACUUGUCGGGACCCCAGUCCGGGCCGCAGAGGAGCGAGUCCUUGGGAUCGCCGAGCCCCAGCCGUCCUUCCGCGUCCGCGUCUCCCGCGGACAGCAGCCGGAGCUUCAAGCUGCAGUCGAACCUGUCGCAGCAGCGCCCGCCGUCGCCGGGUUACUUCGACGCGUCGCGCAGCAACAAAUUGGGGGAGAAAUCGUCGGCGGACGGAGCCGCCGCCGCCGCGCGCAAGAAUGCGCCGCUGAAGCCGGGGGUCGUGGUGGACGGGCGGGGGGACGCGGAGGCGGAGGGGUUGGAAGUAACCCUGGUGGAGGGGGAGACUCCGCAGUCGCGCGGGGGCGCGCGGGGGGAAGCAAGCGCCUCCGCGGAGUCCUUCCUCCGCCGCUCGGAGGACAUUAAGGCGGCGGCAAACGCGGCGGAGGCGGGAUCAACGGAUCCGCUCGAUCUCAACGGUCCGUUCGACCGGCGCAGCAGCAGCACCAGUCUCGCCGCCGCCGCGCGCCCGCCGCACAGGAACGCGCUCCCCCCCGCCCUCGUUUCCCUCUCCGCGCUUCCCCCCGCCCUUGCUUCCCUCUCCACGUUCCCGUCCCACCCCAGCUGUCUGCAUCUGGACGCCGGCACGGUUGCGGGAGCAACGGGGAACUUCAGCGACCGCCUCUGCCUCAUGCCGCGCCACCCGCUCGUGCGCGCUUAUAGCGGGUGCAUGGGCGGGAUCCAGAUUGUCGCCGCGCAGAUGAACGGCCCGGAUUGGCUCUCAGGAACGGGAGAUCCCCAGGGGGGAAGAAACGCGAACCUUGGGAACUCCAAAAACGGCUCUGCUUCCCCAGCUCCCUCUGCUCUGUCCCCCUUCGAGGCUGCCGCUCAGCGGUUCAUCGCGCCGCUAGAGCACGCGCACAUCUGUCCGCUCCUCGGCUGCUCCCCAUCCCUCCGCUGCCUCGUCUACCCGCGCCCACCUGGCAGCUCCUCAUUGGCCAGUCGCCUCGCCUGCUGCGGCGCUGGCAGCAGCGGCGGUGGGGGGGCGAUGAGUUGUACGAGCAGCAGCGGGAGUCUGGUGCAUAGGAGCAGCAGCACGGGCAGUUUCAAUAGUCCCGAUAGUAGCACGAGUGAGAAGUAUGUGGAGGGUGGUAGUGUGGGAAAUGGCUCUGUUGGGGGCAGGAAUCUGGGUGGCGGUGGGUCUCUCAGGCCGCUGAGCUGGCAAACGCGGCUGAAAAUUGUGACUCAGACGUGCCGCGCGCUGACGUGGCUGCACCAGCAGUCGCCACCUGUCGCGGCGGGGUGCCUGGGAGUGGAGACGGUGUUGUUGACUCGCGAUGACUCGUGCAAGCUGCUGCUGGCGGGUGUGGCAGCUCUUGCAGCGGACCCUGGGAAAAUGGUUGCGAAGCUGAAUAGGGAGAUGGGUAUGGAUGGGCAUAUGUCCUUGACAAAGGAUGGGAAAGAGAGUGGGAAGGCAGAGAGUGGGGGAGCAGAGGCGGGGGAUGUGUUUGCUUUUGGGUUGCUGAUAUUGCAUCUGCUUACAGGGUGGGUGGAUGGUGGAGCGGUUCGGCAGCUUCUGGCUGCUUGCUGGGCGGCGGCAGAUAUUCACCGGGCGGUAGAGGUGGUGGCGCGGGCGGCACGCCAGUCGUGUCAGAUGCAGCCGUGCUGUGAUUGGCCGGGGGAGGUGUUAAAUUCUCUGGCAAUGGUGGCACUGGAGUGUGCAGAGGAAUGCGAGGAGUGGAGACCGGUGCUGGUGGGUUGUGUGUUGCCCCAGGUUUUGGAAAUUGAGGCUGAUGCUAACGCAGGGCAUGUAAGCUCAUAA